CGAGAUAAUAUUAUUUAAUGCCUAUACCAUCAAAACUUGUUUAGUAAAAACGUAACGUAAGAUACUAAAUAUGGAGGCAGCAAGCGCCGCCGUUACCUCAGUCCUGCUGAAGUUGGAUGAUCCGGUGGUGAAACAAGGGAUUUCCUCGUACGGAGUGGAGGAAGAGGCGGAGGAGCUGGUGGCGGAGCUGACAUGGAUAAAGUGUUUCAUCGUAGACGGCGAGGAAACGAAGCAGGGACGAUCAAGGGUGAGCGUUUGGGCGGCGAUCAUCCAGCGGUACGCGCUCAGGGCUCAGAAAGUGCUGUCCGCUUAUGAUCACGGCGUCGAUGUUGAAAUCGGAGGCGAGCAGCACAGCUUGUCGGUUGAGAACUUAGCUCAGAAGAUGGAGAUUGAGAACAUGAUUAACAAGCUUGCUAGUCUGAGGGAAAGGCUGCAGAUUUAUGUCACUUUUGGAGUCACACAUGACGAACAAACCUCAAAUCUUUCGAAAGUUCCAGAGGCAAAGGCUAGUAUAGACCCCCCAAGAGAAAUAAAAGUGGCAAAAUGGGGAGGUCGUGGGGGAGGAGAGUGGAGUUACCGACCCAAAACUCCAAUAAAACUUGUAGUUGUUACGCAUGGACGGAUCGUCGACUCCAUCAGUUUCAUGAGCAGAGACGAAGAGUUCUCGGAGAGACUUGGUGGCCGUGGGGGGAGUAAAACCACCGAGGUGAAAAUUAACAGUCCCAUGGAGUAUUUGACAGGCAUUAGUGGGACUUAUGGAGGUUAUGGAAAUCAUUUGGUAAUUCGAUCGCUCAAAUUCCACACCAAUAUGAGGGAACAUGGAGCUAUGGGUACUCAAGAUGGAACCCCUUUCUCUUUUGUGAUGCAAGAAGGUGUGAUAGUUGGAUUCUAUGGGCGGGCUGGCUAUUAUCUUGAUGCUAUUGGUGUGUAUGCAACACCCAACUAUAAGUAUGAUAUUCUGCUCAUGGGGAGUGAUCCUAAGUUGGUUUCUAAUUUGUUGCGGCGUCUUACUUCGACCUUUAAGAUUCGUGUUCUGGGGUCACAUAGAUUUUUCCUCGGGAUUGAGACAGUUCCAUUUGAUGGUGGUCUUCUUUUGUCUCAAUGCAGGUACAUGAUUGAUAUUCUAAGUGUGCAGUCAUGA